AUGGGAUGGCAAAGUGAGCAGGAGGUGCGAAGACGUGAAUCGAGGACGAACAAACCUGAUGCAAGUACUUUCUCCCCUAAGGACUUUCAGAGUAAAAUACUAGCGGCCCUGUCAGCUAGGAUGCACAGCGAUGAUCGCGUUGACAGCAAAGGUUGGGAGAUUCAGAACCUCCAACCGUCUCUUGCCUCGUCUGCUCCAUCGAUACACACAUUCUUGAGAGAAGACAGCAGCAUCAGCAUCCGGUGGAACCCGCUAAGAAGCGCUCAGCUGUACGAGCUUCAGUAUCGGUUCAAAGACGCGAGAGCCUCGUGCUGGGGGAACUGGGUGUUGGUAAGCAACUCGCUGAGGGACACGUCUCACUGCAUUCCUGUUCGUGAGGAGGCUGUCUACUCCUUCAGGGUCCGAGCAAGCGUCGGAGAGGGCUGGAGCCCCUGGUCUAUGUCCUCCGAAGCUUGUUCGCUCGCUUCCCUCGGCUGGCAGGACCCUCCCAGUGUCAUCUCUGAAUCUCCAUCCCCUGGCAAGGGAGAGAGCAUCGCGAGCGGCGUUCACUUCAACUCGCCCUCCAACGACCUCCCGUCGGAUAAGAGUCGAAGCGAGUCCGUGAACGGAAGGUGUGCUGACGAUGCGGUUCGAGGACGAGUCUGA